CAUCUUGAACACUAAACAGUGUAAUAGUCAAAACCGAAAAACCAAUCACAGACCACGGCCGACCUUUACCGUAUCCCCUGCCUCUCCGGCCCCGGCAGCGCCACGUAGAUUUUCCGAUGCAUUCUCUUCCUCUUACGCUCGUCGUUUCCCUUCUUCUCACAGUCCUCCUGAAAUUUAUCUACUCCACUUUCUGGCUUCCAUGGAGAAUUCAAAUCCACUUCCGAAAGCAAGGGAUAACAGGCCCUCGCUACCGCCCGAUCACCGGGAACUCCGCCGAUAUCCGCCGUCUGUUUUCGGAAGCACAAUCGAAGCCGAUUCCCUUUCACCACGAUAUCCUCUGUCGCGCUCUGCCUUUUUACUUCCGUUGGUCCGCCGAGUACGGGAAGACGUUUCUGUACUGGUUCGGGUCGAAUCCGCGACUGGCCAUAUCCGACCCGGAGUUGAUUAAGGAGGUGCUUGUGAAUACGGGCGGGUCGUUUCGAAAGGUCGGGUUCAACCCGCUGUCGAAGGCGCUCUUCGGGGAGGGGCUUGUCGGGCUGGAGGGCCAAAAAUGGGCCACGCACCGGAGGAUCGCAAACCAAGCUUUCACAAUCGAGCGUGUAAAGGGGUGGGCACCCGAAAUUGUUGCUAGUGUGUGGAAUGUGUUAGAGAAAUGGGAGGAGAUGAAGGGCGGAAUGGAGGAGUUUGAAUUGGAAGUCCACGAAGAAUUUCGUCGGCUGUCAGCAGACGUAAUUUCAAGAACCGCAUUUGGAAGUAACUUUGAAGAAGGCAAACGCAUCUUCGAUUUGCUUGAACAGCAAACGCAUCUUUUUUCCCAGGCAGUCAGAAGUGUUUAUAUUCCUGGCUUCAGAUUUUUGCCAACCAAGAAGAAUAGAGAGAGGUGGAGAUUGGAGAAAGAAACUCGUGAAUCAAUAAAACUGUUGAUUGAGACUAACAGCAAAGGGAGGGAAAACUCAACUAAUCUACUCGGCCUAUUAAUGUCAUCUUACAAGAAUCAAAAUGGGGGAGAAGAAAGACUUGGAGUGGAGGAAAUCAUUGAUGAAUGUAAGACAUUCUAUUUUGCAGGAAUGGAAACAACUGCUCAUCUUCUAACUUGGGCCCUUCUACUGCUAGCAAAGCAUCAAGAAUGGCAAGACAAGGCCCGAGAAGAAGUUCUCCACAUCUGCGGGUGCAAAACGCCACCUAUGGCGGAGAAUUUGAGCGAACUUAAAAUCAUAAGUAUGAUAAUCAACGAAACACUUCGACUCUAUCCUCCGGCAGUGAUGUUGAAUAGGCAGGCGUCGAAACGGCUGACGCUGCGAGGCAUAGACAUUCCUGCAGGCACACAACUCUACAUGGCCGUAGCUGCUGUCCACCAUGACACAGAGAUUUGGGGAGAAGAUGCCAACAGCUUCAACCCUUUGAGAUUUGGUGAGCCUCGAAAACAUUUAGCUUCAUUUGUGCCAUUUUCGUUGGGUCCUAGAAUCUGUGUAGGCCAAACCAUGGCGUUGGUUGAGGCCAAAAUUGCGGUGGCCAUGAUAAUUCAAAGAUUCUCUUUUGUUGUUUCUCCAACCUACGCUCAUGCCCCUAUGCUGUUUGUAACUUUACAGCCUCAGUUUGGUGCUCAGCUCCUCCUUCGGAGCUUAUGGAAUUGAACUCACAGUCAGAAACUUGUGAGGCUUUGUAAACCAUUUAGUAUCAUGUGGUGGCUUUUGUUGAUGUAAAAUUUUCAUACUUUGAAAAUUAUGAAAAACUAUAAUAGAUAAUCUGUAUUAUAGUCGAUCUAAGAUCGAAUUUCUUUCUCCUCCUCUGUAAUGUGAUAUUGUGAAAAGAAUAAAUAAGUAUGAUAGUUUA